AUGUCGACUGCAGUCUUGUCAUUCAUUCGAGGAGUCGACUUCUCUCGAAACGAUUUCUCUGGUGAUCGUUUUCCACACGCAGUCGAGCAAAUGACACAAAUGACAUGGCUGAAGCUGAACAGAACCAAUCUUGAGCGGGUGCCAGAUGAGCUCUCACGGUGUGCAAAUCUCGAACAUCUCCAGAUGUCGAGAAAUUUGUUGUCCAGUGUUCACGGCGAACUGUCGGAUCUUCCACGGUUGAGAUCCGUCAUCGUUCGACAUAAUCAGGUGAAAACAGCAGGAAUUCCAACUGACAUCUUUCGAAUGAAGGAUCUUACCAUCAUAGAUUUCUCUCAUAAUCAGUUGCGCGAAGUCCCACCGAAUCUCGAAUAUGCCAAAGGCGCCAUCGUUCUGAAUCUGAGUCACAAUAACAUCGAAAACAUCCCAAAUCAGGUGUUUUCAAAUCUGAUCGAUUUAUUGUUUCUGGAUCUAUCUAACAACAAGCUAGAUAUGCUACCACCACAAAUUCGAAGGCUUACAAUGGUUCAAGAUCUGAAGCUCUCGAACAACCCACUGCAUCAUUUUCAGUUGAAACAGCUUCCAAGCAUGACUGCACUACGUGUUCUGCAUAUGCGAAAUACUAACAGAACUCUCGACAACAUUCCUCCAUCUCUGGACGAUUUGGAGAAUCUCCAGGAUAUUGACUUUGCUGAAAAUAAUCUUCCAGCGAUACCUGAGGCUUUGUUUAAGCUGAAGAACCUGAGAAAAUUGGAUAUUAGCGGAAAUAAGAUUGAAAAGAUUUCAAUCCCGGAAGGCAGUUGGGAGAUGUUGGAAACGUUGAACAUCAGUGAAAAUGGUAUGAGUGUCCUUCCUGAGGGUCUUGUACGGUUGACAAAACUCCAACGGUUAUACGCAAGCGAUAAUCGUCUUACAUUUGAAGGCAUUCCAAGUGGCAUAGGAAAACUGGUUCAGCUACUAGUCCUUCACCUAACCAGGAACAAUUUGGAAUUGGUUCCAGAGGGAAUCACCCGCUGUGUUAGACUUCAACGACUUCGACUUAAUCAUAAUCGGCUCAUAACAUUACCAGACGGAAUUCAUCUUCUUCCUGAUCUCAAAGAACUUGAUCUCACUGACAACUGCGAUCUUGUCAUGCCCCCCAAACCAAAUGAAGCUCGUAAGAAGCUCCCAUUCUACAAUAUUGACUUCUCCUUGGAACAUCAGCGUACGCUUGCUGGGCAGAGUCCAAGCUCGUCUAUUUCAUCUUUGCAAAGCACAACGAAAGAAAAAGAUCCCGUAGCUCGUCGUAAGGACUUUAUAAAAAGAAGGAAGCAACAAACGGAUCAGGAAGAUGCUAGUAAAGUGAUAAAGGGUAUGUCGAAAAUUGCUGGCGCUAGCGCCGCUCUGAAAGAACGGGAAGAGGAAGAGCAAAAGCAGGCCGCACGCUCUGCUGUCAAUUGGAAGGCUCACUUGGACAAACAAAGAAAGCAGCUUGAUUAUAGCGACAUUUUCGAUGAUGAUGUGGGCAAAUAUGAGGGCUUAUGGGUUUGGGAGAUUGAAAAUUUUUAUCCAUCCAUCAUUGACGGAGCGUUUCAUGGCCAGUUCUACGAUGCUGAUGCCUACCUGGUACUCAAGACUGCAAAAGAGCUGUCAGGAAGCCUACGGCACGAAAUUUACUAUUGGCUGGGUGAGAAGGCUACACUUGACAAGGGAAUGUGUGCUGCAGUGCACGCAGUCGGCUUGCGUAACCACCUUAAUGCCACUUGCAGAACUAUUCGAGAAGAGAUGAACGACGAGUCUGAAGACUUUCUUGAUCUCUUUGGAGGUGAAGAAAUCGUAUACAUCGAAGGGGCUCGUACUAGCACCGGAUUUUUUACUGUAGAAAAACCACAGCAUAUCACGAGGUUGUACCGAGCUUCUGUAAAUGGUACCGCAGUUGAAAUGGAGCCAGUUCCUGUCGCAGUUGAAUCUCUUGACCCUCGAUUUUGCUUCCUUCUUGAUGCUGGUGAGACAAUUUGGAUCUGGAGUGGGUGGAAAGCUAGGAUAACAGUGGCCAACAAAGCUCGGUUAUUUGCGGAGCGUAUGAAUAAGAGAGACAGAAAGGGUGCUGCUGUUAUCGAGACUUGUCGCGAGCCUAAGGUGCCGCAAGAGUUUUGGAUGGCGUUCUGUGGAUCACCAGAGCGUCCUGAGGAGGCUAUUGUAGAGCAUGUUCCAGAGAACUUUGUCCCUGAAAGGAAACGGUUAUAUAAAGUUAACAUUGGUAUGGGAUUCCUGGAAUUACCGCAAGUUGAACUGCAUAAGGGAGUUGCUAAGCAGGAAAUGCUGAAUACCAAAUGUGUCUAUAUUCUUGAUUGCACGUCUGACAUAUUUCUUUGGACGGGGAAGAAAGCAAACAGACUGUUGAAGAUGGCGGGGCAAAAAAUAGCUACCGAAUUGCAUCAAAUGAUCGAACGGCCGGACUAUACUCAAGUCUCCCGAGAAACUGAAGAUGAAGAGUCCAUGAUGUUUCGGUCAAAAUUUGCUGGUUGGGACGAUAUUAUGCCGGUAGAUUUCACUCGUACUUCUGAAUCUGUCAGCCGUGUCCCAGAUCUGAAGGUAUUGGUUAAACGUGAGAACAUGAUGCGUACCGACCUUACGGCGUUGUUUCUGGAUCGUCAGCCUGCAAUGUCGCAUGAGGAAAGCGAGGAAUUACUGAAGGACUGCAACGAAGAUUUAGAAUUUAUCGAAUCCUUUGUUUUGGAAGGGAAAAAAUUUGUUCGGCUACCAGACGGUGAAUUCGGUACAUUCUACACAAUGGAUUGUUACGUAUUCCUUUGCCGUUACGCUGUCAUUCCAUACGAAUCGGACGGCGAAAGUGAUGCAGAUGAUCAAGAGAACCAACAAGAUUUCAAAUGUGUGCUAUACUUUUGGCAAGGUCGUGAUGCGUCAAAUAUGGGAUGGUUGCACUUUACCUUCCAGCUUCAACCUACCUUUGAAAAGAUUUUCAAAGAUAAAUUAGAGGUGGUUCGAAUGCACCAGCAGCAAGAAAACCAUAAGUUUCUAUCGCAUUUCCAUAGGAAAUUCGUUAUCCGUCGUGGCCGUCGUGGUUUAACGCGAAAUCUGGGUGGAAAGUGGCCCGAGCUGUUUCAGAUGAGGGCGAAUGGGUCCGAUAUUUGCACGAGAACCAUACAGAUAGACUGUCGUGCAACGGAGCUCUGUUCUGGUUUCUGUCACAUUUUGCGGGCUCCAUUUAAGGUUAAACGUGAAGAUGACGAAAAAGGCAUUGUUUACGUAUGGUAUGGAGCUCAAAGUGACUCAAAUGAACAGGAAUUUGCGCGAAAGGUUGCAGAAGAAAUGAUAAAUCGCCAUGAUGAAUCGUUUCCAAUACAAGUGAUCAGAGAGGGUGAAGAACCAGACGAUUUUUGGGAGUACAUAGGAGGAAAGAAAAAUUAUGAGAAGGACUCGUCAUUCUUCCGAUAUACGCGACUUUUCCGUUGCACCAAUGAGAAGGGAUAUUUUGCUGUGUCAGAAAAAACCGUAGAUUUUUGUCAGGAUGAUUUGGACGAUGAUGAUAUUAUGGUAUUGGAUAACGGAGAUCUCGUAUUCCUAUGGUUAGGUAGUCGAGCUAGUGAAGUCGAAGUAAAACUUGCCUAUAAAGCUGCCACGGUGUAUGUGGCACAUCUGAGAAUGCGUCAAACAGAUCGUCCACGCACUUUGAAGUUGGCAAUAAAGGGCAAAGAGUCCAAACGUUUCAGGAAAUGUUUUCACGCCUGGGGACGGCAUAAAGUGCGUUUUUAUUGUGUUAUAAGAAAAUUGAUCCAUUUCAACCUAAACGUCAGAUUUCCAUAUUUAGUCUUAUGA